UUUGAUCGCCACCGCACCGACUACUGGACUUUUUGAAAGAAGGCUCGAGCAGUGAUUACGUUUUAAUAUUUGGACUUUCUCCGCCGUGUCAAGCGUUGUUCUUCUAUGAACCUUGGAUUUGAGAAAUAAUUGCUUGAGGCAGCAGCACAUUUGUGUGAAAUAGCGGCUCCGAAAAGAAACCAUAUCUGGUCAAAGUAUUCAGCUGUCACAUGCGCUAUAUAUAGUGUGGGAUAAGCGCUGUCUGAAGUCCUGUGAUUGGGGGGCUCAACUGUUCCUGCCUAUCUUUUUUUUCUUUUCUUCUGUCCUCUUCCUCCCUGUUCUCUUAUUCAUCAUGUUCCGUAAAGAGAUGGAGAAGUACCGGGAUGUGGAUGAGGAUGAGCUCUUGCAGAAGCUCAGUGAAGAGGAGCUCAGGAGACUUGAGGAUGAACUUGAAGAGCUUGAUCCUGAUAACGCACUGUUGCCAGCAGGAUAUAGACAGAGGGAUCAGACUAAAAAAUCUCCAACCGGAACGUUCCAGAGAGAUGACCUUCUAGCUCACCUGGAGAAACAAGCCAAAGAACAUCCAGACCGAGAUGACCUUGUUCCCUACACUGGCGAGAAAAGAGGAAAAGUGUGGGAGCCUAAGACAAAAGUGGACCCUAUCCUAGAAGAUGUCACUCUGGAGCCUGAACUAGAAGAGGCGCUAUCUAGUGCAACUGAUGCAGAAUUGUGCGAUAUAGCAGCCAUCUUGGGCAUGCACACACUGAUGAGCAACCAGCAAUAUUAUGAAGCACUGGCCAGCAGUACUAUCGUCAACAAACAGGGUUUGAACAGUGUAAUCCAGUGCACUCAGUAUAAGCCAGUGCCAGAUGAACAGCCCAAUGACACAGAUGUAGAGGAAACACUACAGAGAAUCAAAAGCAAUGAUCCAGAUCUUAUUGAGGUCAACCUAAAUAACAUCAAGAAUAUUCCAAUCCCGACUUUGAAAGCGUAUGCUGAAGCUCUUAAAGGGAACAGUGUUGUGGAGCGCCUGAGCAUCGUUGGCACCAGAAGUAACGAUCCUGUAGCCUUUGCACUAGCAGACAUGCUGAAAGUGAACACCAUUUUGAAGAGUCUAAAUGUGGAGUCUAACUUCAUUACUGGAGCUGGAAUUCUGGCACUCGUGGAAUCCUUAAAGAGCAACACUACACUGCAGGAGCUAAAGAUUGACAACCAGAGCCAGCCUUUGGGUAAUAAGGUUGAGAUGGAGAUAGCUAACAUUUUGGAGAAGAACACUACUCUGUUGAAAUUCGGAUACCAUUUCACCCAGCAGGGCCCACGCUUGCGUGGAUCUAAUGCCAUGAUGAGCAACAAUGACCUUGCACGUGUAGUUCGGUCGGACACAGAUGGCGCGAUCACAUUCACUCUGUCGGUCCCUGAGCUGGAAAGAGCCUUCUGUAAAAAGUUCAAGUUCACAUCAAAACCCAAUAAGAAAGAGAAGGCUUGAAGGAGGGCCCAUCUUUCCUAAAUGUCGGACAAACGUGUAGCAGCAGCGGGAGAACCCUCUAUGGCCUGGGACCUGCACCAGUAUACUGUACAUCACAUCACACCCCAUCUCAUCCCAUAUAUCCUCCCUCCAUUUCUGUCCCUUUUACAGGUAACCCACAGGGUCAUCUAAAGAA